CCCGCCCCAUCCACAAAUGGUUUUAAACGGAGGCGGGACGCUUUUCUUUACUCGGUAUAAUUUUAUCUGAAUCAUCGAUUUACUGUACAAGGUCGCCGCCAACAUGGUGAGGACUAAAGCCGACAGUGUUCCUGCAUCAUACAGGAAAGCUGUUGCAGCAUCUGCGCCUCGUAAGUCACUGGGCUCCAGUUCAGCCAAUGCGUCGUCGUCGUCGUCCAGCGGCUACUCGUCCAACCCGGCAAAGAACAAAUACGCCGGUGGGAACCCCGUGUGUCUCCGUCCGACCCCCACCUGGCAGAAAGGCAUCGGGGAUUUCUUUGGCGGGCCACCUAGAAAGCCAGAGAAGGAAAACCAGAAACCCACAGAGUCUGAUGAAGAGGAGGCUGGCGGCAGCGGCAUGUCGAAGGCCAGCAGGAAGUCCAGACCUCUGCCUGCCGAGGAUGAGGAAGAUGACUGAGCAUGCCUGGCGUCUCUACCCAGGAAGGAAUUUUAAUGUAUAUGUGUAUAUAAAUACUACUGAAUUCUGUUGUAUAGCUCAUUAAACAUGUUUUAACUGUUUAUUUUUACAUCCUGCAGAGUCAGGAUUAUGAUUUGUGGCUUGACUUCUUCUCGGCUUUUUUUCUAUUAAAUAUUAAAUGAA